AUGGCUACCGAUGCAAACAUCAACAUUACUGCUGCCUCUCUGCGCGGUAGCCCGUCCGAUCGCAUCAUCAAGCCACGACCUCGCAAGGACUCUCUACAAUCAAUCUCUGGCUCCGAUACCCACCCCGGGCGCGUGGUGAAGCCUCGUGCACGAAAAUCUCCCGGGUCCGGAGCUAAGAGAUCUGAACCCGCCAAGCGAAAGUUCAUCUGUUCAUUCUCACACUAUGGUUGCGACGUUGCCCUUAGUUCCAAGAAUGAGUGGAAGCGCCAUGUCUCAAUUCAACAUCUCCAGUUGGGGUUCUAUCGCUGCGACGUCGGCUCAUGCAACCCAGACUUCAACCCCAAUGUCCCCGGCCACAAGCGUGUGUACAAUGACUUCAAUCGAAAGGAUCUCUUCACCCAACACCAUCGACGCAUGCACAAGCCUGAGACCGGCCCAGGCUCAGGCCCCAUUGCGCCCGGAAAUGCAGGGGACAAGGACUGGAGAGCCUUUGAGGACAGUCUGGAAGAAGUUCGCAACCGAUGCUGGAUGGAGAAGCGCAAGCCACCACAGCGCAGCACUUGUGGCUUCUGUGGCAGAGUCUUUGAAGGUGAAGGCUCCUGGAAUGAACGUAUGGAACAUGUGGGUGGUCAUUUUUCUCGUGACAUCGUCGAAGCCAAGGAAGAACGUGAGGAUGAAGAUCUCACCAACUGGGCGCUCUUGCAAGGCAUUAUCAAAGAUGGUGGGAAUGGUCGUCAUGUUCUUGUUGAUCAACCGCCAACGGCCACCGAACGUCCUUACCUGGCAAGAGAUCGAGAUGUCGCCAUGACCGAUGCGCCAAGCUCAGAUGGCAUUUCCCGUGAUGCCGAAGGCUCCCCAUCUUUGAGCGCAUCCUCGAGAAAGCCAGAUACGGAGAGCAACUAUCCUAAUCUGGACAGUCCCCGCGAAGGUCGCCGUCUCAGCAACGCCAUGAGUGCCAACGGUACGCCGCGUGCUCCCUCAGCACCAUUGCUUGCGGCGGCGGGACAAGCUCUUGCUGCGGCUGCUCUUGGUGCAACUCCGGGCUCCCCAGAAGACAAACUUCAGCCUCCACCAACUCCAGAGCGCAGAGGGUACAAUCUGGCCCCACCACCUCUGCAGGGCGCGAGACAAUCCUCAGCCCCUGCUGAUAAUGGCAGCGGUGACCGGCUGGAGGAUCUUAUCAAUCAACUGAUCAAGCCCAAGCCGCCCAAGACUCACCGUCGGCUCACGUGGAAAUGCGAUUGCAACCUCGAAAUGUCAGUGGAUAUCGACGAUGCGGACGAAACGGCCAUUGAAAACCUCCAAGACAUCAGCAUCAUUUGCAGCAAGACGUCCAACCCUUACUUGAAGGUUUCUAAGAGCGGCAAGUAUCAGGUGGUGGCUUGCGAUGAACUCGCCGACUACAUCUGGAAAAAUUCCAAACAGCCAGUUGAGCAACAUAAUCGGCCCGCCGAGGUUCCCGUCAGCUAG